AUGGGCAAUAGUGGCAGUACCAGCGGCGCCGCGAACGCGCGUCCGCACGGCAAGCGCAACAACGCGUCGCAUCGACGUGCACAGCAGCAGAAAGCCCAAGAAGCUGCUGCAGCACUAUCGGCUGCCAGUUCCGCCGCGACGCCGUCGGCGAACGCGCGCCGCAAUCCGCAGACGCGCAAGGCCGCCAAGGAUUUGAUCACCGGCACUUUGUGCGACGUGAACGAGUCGUACGCUAUUGAAAAGAAGGAGCUCGGCCACGGCCAUUAUGGCACUGUCCGUGUGGGCGUGAGCAAAGCGACGGGCAAGAAGGUGGCCAUUAAGACCAUUCCCAAGGCUAAAGUGAGUCGGCCCGAGACGAUGCGACGGGAGAUCAGUAUCCUGAAAACCCUCGACCAUCCCAACAUCAUCAAGCUCUACGACGUGUGCGAGGGCCAUCGCCACUUACAUCUAGUGACGGAGCUCUGCACGGGCGGAGAGCUCUUUGACCGCAUCAUUGCACGUGGUCACUACAGUGAGGCCGAUGCUGCUGUGCUGGUGCUCAAGAUUUGCGACGCGGUCAAGCACUGCCACGAUCGCGACAUUUGCCACCGCGACCUGAAGCCGGAGAACUUUCUCUUUGCCACCAAAGCAGAGGACGCAGAGCUCAAGGUCAUUGACUUUGGGCUGUCACGCAUGGACGACGGCUUGAGUGCGGGUGUCAUGACCACGCGCGUGGGUACGCCCUACUACAUUGCACCCGAAGUGCUGGGACGUCACUACGACAAGUCGUGCGAUCUGUGGAGUAUCGGGGUCAUUAUGUACAUCUUGCUCUGCGGUUACCCGCCGUUUUACGGCGACACGGACCCUGAGAUCUUUGCCUCCGUUCGCGCUGGGCGCUACGACUUUGAUUCACCCGAAUGGACGAACGUGAGCGCCGAUGCGAAGGACCUCAUCAGCCGUCUCCUGCUUGUGGAUGCUUCGAAGCGACUGACGGCCGCAGAGGUGCUGCAGCACCCAUGGAUCUCUGGAUCAGCACCGAGGUCGAGCAUGACGCUGAACCCGAACAUUUUCUCCAGCUUGAAGCGCUUCACAGGCAACAACAAGCUCAAGAAGGCAGCUCUCGGUGUUAUCGCAGACCUGGCCACGGAGGGCGAGAUUGCUGAAUUGAAGAACGAGUUCAUGGCAAUCGAUACUGACGGCAACGGGGUGAUCACAGUGUCUGAGCUUGCAGAGGCGCUGCGUGACACCGGUCUCGGUAUGAUCGAAGAGGAGGUGCUGGAACUCGUGAAAGGCAUCGACAUUGACGGCGAUGGGCUUGUCGACUACCCGGAGUUCCUUGCAGCUACGAUGAAGAGGAACCUGUCCAACCAGAAGGAGCACCUCAUCAACGCAUUUAAUUAUUUCGACACUACAAACACGGGGCAGAUUACCAAGGCCGAUCUCGUGCAGUUCAUGGGCAGUGAAGAACAGGCGCAGGAAGUCAUUGACGACGUGGAUGCAAACGGUGACGGUGUCAUCAGCUUUGAAGAGUUUGUGGCAAUGAUGGACCGCAAGGGAUACGGCGAUGACUCGGAGAUGGACAGCAUGGAUGCUGGUGGCAGCUUCCUCUCAGCGGCACAAUACGUCAGUGACAACGCCCGGCUUCCCAUGAAGGAGACUGAGCUAUAG